AUGUCUCUCGGUUGGAUCUCCAGGGUAUCUGCUCUUUUCGCUGUCACUUGCCUGCCCUCCGUAUUGGCCAUCCAACCGUCGGCUGAUUAUGGCCAAUACAAGACCCCCAAUCUCUACAACUGCUCUGGUGCAAACCCCACGUCUGCCCUCACUGCCACGAACAGCGCAGACACUCUCCCCCAAAUCCAACCGCUCUCUUCCCAAGGUUGGGAACAAUGGGAGUUCUUCUUGCACGGGACCUUCCCUAUCAUCUUGAGGUGGUCUCAAGGCGACCAAAGUCAAGCUGAUGCAACGCCUGCUAAUGGGAAGAUCGAGAUCGCAAUACUGGAUGUCAAUGGAACAAAUGUGGAGACAUCAGUAACUGGCCCACUCACCUACACGAGCGGGGACGUGAAUCAGAUCACUAUCGGUAAUAACACCUUCAAGUGGGAUUCUGAUUCCCUGUGGUAUAAUGUGACGCUCAGCGCGGAGGGGUACACAUUAGUACUGAAUACUUACUCGGCAAUAUUGGAUACGUUCCAUCCUAACGUCGAGCAAUACAAUGGGCUACUGAGCAGUCACGGACCUGCUUUGUACGGUUCUGUCCCUGUCACUCGUGGACAAAGUGUUGGAUACCUCACAACUCCUGACAAACAAAAUAUAACAGUUAGCGGUCUCGUACUCCUAAAGCAUUCGUUCUCGCAGCAAGCCCUACCUUCAUACUACUAUGAUUCCAACUUCUUUUACCAAGUGGAACAAGUCGAUGGCACAGUUCAUGAAGCUACGUAUCUCUCGAGGGCCAUUGCUGGGUCGGUCGUGAAGAGUGAAUUCCCAAGCACAUGGGGGCUGUAUGCUGUUACCGAUGAUCCCUCCGCCUACACACUCGUCGUUGAUCCCAUCGGAGCGACGAUCGUGUCAACACUUCCCGGAUGUUCUCUGUCGAACAACGCCUCCUACUUGUUCAGUGUGGCGGUGGGGAAUGUUAUUACAGAGUUCAUGGACCUCGGCGGUGGCAAGACGACGUACUACAACGUGUCGCAGGGUUUCACACUCGCGUCAUAUGAUGGAGGUCUGGUCAAUGGGACGAUAGCCGGCAUGUAUCAGGUUUAUGAGGCGCCACUGCUAAACGACUCUUAG